CGGUACCGCUCCCGCUCCCGUCAUGUGAAGCGGCGGGACGGGCUCCCGCAGGUCACGAUGGAGCCCACGGCCUCGCAGGUGUUCUGCGGGAGGGUGCUGGGCAUGGUCAACGCCGAGGACGUCAACGCCAUCAUCCUGGCCCAGAAAAACAUGUUGGAUCGGUUUGAGAAGACCAACGAGAUGCUGCUCAACUUCAACAACCUGUCCAGCGUGCGCAUGCAGCAGAUGAGCGAGCGCUUCCUGCACCACACCAGGACCCUGGUGGAGAUGAAGAAGGACCUGGACAGCAUUUUCCGCAGGAUCCGGACGCUCAAAGGGAAGUUGGCAAAGCAGUACCCAGAGGCUUUCAGCAACAUCCACGAGUCCCCCAUCCUGGAGGACGACGACGACUUCGACCCCGUCCCCAAGAGCACCACGACCACCAUCGCUACCUCGGAGCAGAGCACGGAGUCCUGUGACAGCAGCCCUGAUGUCAUCUCCCCCACCACCAGCCAGGAUUUUGAGGAUUUAUCCCAAGGCCAGUGCGACGGCCCGGCCGUCAACGGACAGAGUCUCACAGACGAGGACACGGCCAACCUGGACUAGGAGGAGCCCUGUGCUGCCCCUGCAGAACUUUCUAGCCUGUAUUUAUAUCUGUGUGUCGCUCUUUUGGGCUUUUUUUGGGUUUGGUUUUUUUUUCCUCUCUUGGGAAGAGGGAAGCCAAGGCUGGGAGAAGCUGAGGGAGGAAGGUGCUGCCCCUUCUGCCUCCAAAGUGCCACUGAGGUGUAAAGCCACACUGGCUUUGGGGGGAAUCAGUAAAUCCUGGGUUGGAAA